AAACGUUGGUGCUUGUCGCUCCAGUACCACACAGGGCUAGAGCCUAUGAACGCUCAGUGUGUGUGGCGUGGGGGUCUAGCGGUAGUCAGCCAUUGCCGAGCACCGCAGUGGAAUCAAAUCAAUGCAACACCGUGGAAUGAAAACUCAUUAAGGGACAUAGCACAGCGAGAGGGUACAGUUAGAAACACGCAUGGACGGAUGAAGUGAUGGCGGGCACUGGAAACAACUGGCGGACGAUGGUGGAUUGGAUCUACCACACGAAGUCGUGUUUGCCAACAAACGAACCUAAUUUAACUUUCUGGAAGUGUAACGGCGUGGAUUCCUCUCUUGAUGUUGUACAGCCUUGUGGGUUUAUGUGAGGUGUGAUAAUCACUGUGUUUCAUAUGCACCAUUAUUAACUGACGGUUCUGCUUGCCAAAUGUCAGACCUAACAUAUGUGACACAUCGCCAAGCAGUUGACCUAUAGGAAAUGCGAUGUAGACACCCACGACCCGGAUAUAAAACUGUUUUUAACAAUGUUACAUAACGUUAUAUAUCAUAUUAUAAAAACUAGUUUGGGGAAUCAUGUCUGUGUGUGAGCUCAUACCAUCAAAACGGAUAUACUAGAGACAUUGUUCUUUGGUUGACAUACGGGUCUUAACAAUCUGAAAAUGGCAGUGUAUCAUCUGGUCAAGUGUCACGUGGUGACCAAGUUACGUGUCUUUCUUUGCAUCUCCAUCUUCGGACUAGUCAACGCAACUUCAGAAGCUUUUAGACUUGGUAUUAUUGAUUCGUCUGUUGAUACCAACAUCUUCGACCUCGUGGACGCGCCGGAGGGGUUCCAAAUGACCCACCACAACCUCACCAACUACAGACACUACACCUACAAGAACAUCAAGAAAGCUCACCAAGAACUGCUGGACACGUCCGUUGACGCCAUCAUGGGCGACUACAACAGCGUGUACGUCGCCGUGACGAAACAAUUGAAGAUCAACUACUACGUCAUGUCCUUGACCCCCGAGGACCAGGCAGACACCAAGUUCAUGUACCAGUUCUUCCACGACGCCAGGGUCUUCUCAAGGGCCGUGCUCGACCUCGCCGACUACUACGCCUUUGACAAGAUCACCGUCAUUCACGACUCAUACGAAGGUGCGGUAAUUCUGGAGAGGGUUAUGAGGAAGUGGGAGGUGGAAGUUCGGUCGUUCAGGGUGACGGACCCAACAUCGGCUGAGUCGGAUUUGGAGCUGCGACAGGAGCUGAAGAAGAUGAGAGACUCGUACACCUUCACCUUCAUCGUCAUCUGUUCCAAGAACAAUACGGACAGAGUUCUACGCCAGGGGCUGACGCUGAGCAUGUUUUCCUCACCGAACAAAUGGCUGCUUGUGAACAUGGGGUUGGAGGAGUACGACAUGGCGGACUUCGUAGACUCCAAGGCCAACCUGACCAUCCUGCGGAUGAUGAUGGACAUGAACUCCAGUGCCUGCAGCCUGGGGAUGGACAACAUCAACCUGAGGAGGGCCAUACUGAAUGACGGCAUCCAGUACUGCUACAGCUACUGGGAAGUGUUCCAGAACAGUUCCGGCGGCGUCAGGAAAAGAAUCAAUGAGCGACGAGUUCACGGCUGUACAGGAUAUUUGGAAUUCAAUGGGCGAGGGAGACGGUCAGAGAAAUAUCUUCAAUUAAUGACUUUACAAGCCUUUAAAACUAACCAGGACCCGCAGGAGGGACAUUUUUAUGAUACCCACCUUUACGAAACUAAGGACGGCAGAGAGAGGAAAAUCACAUUUGAUCCACAAGGGACUGGAAUGUGGACAAACAUCCACGACAAGUUGAAGGACCGGGUGGCCACCUCCAAGUCCUACAGCAAGAGCGUCAGACUCGAGGGCAACGUCUUCCCUCCACGAAAACUCAGAAUAUCUACCAAAAUAGAGCCGCCGUUUGUACAACGGAACCGAGACACCGGGGACUUUGAGGGGCAUCUGAUUGACAUCAUUAAAGAAGUCAGUAAACUACUCCAGUUUGAGUACAACGUUUCCUUGGUACCUGAUGGAAAGUUUGGCAGCAAGAAGCCGUAUGGCUGGACAGGCAUGGUCAGACAACUCUUAGACGAUGAAGCUGACGUGGCUCUUGCUCCGUUCCAAGUCACGCCGUCUAGAUCAGAAGUUGUUGAUUUCACAAAGCCGUUCAUGACGAAAGGGACUACCGUCGUAAUAAAGAAACCAGAUGAGACAGGUCUGAAAGUAUUCCAGUUCCUGUCCCCUUUCACUGAUCAGGUGUGGAUCGCCAUCUUCUUCUCCUUCCUCAUCGUCAGCUUGGUGCUCUUCAGCGUCAGUAGGGUUAACUCUGACCGACAACAGAAGUACACCUACAACCUGAGGGAAAGCUUCUGGUACAUCUGGGGCACGUUGUUGAGGGGAAGCUUAGUCGGAGCUCCUCAUGCAAUCUCAAGUCGUAUUGUGGCCAGUGCGUGGUGGUUCUUCUGUCUCAUCCUGAUAUCCUUGUACACAGCCAAUCUGGCAGCCUUUCUGACAAUUACCAAUUCCAAUGUUGGUAUCAACUCAGCUGCUGAUUUAGCAAACCAAGACUAUUAUGAAUACGGUACCGUGGACGGUAGCCAAAUUGAGUACUUCUUUAGACAUACUAAAAUGACGGAUUAUCAGAAAAUGUGGGCACAUAUGUCCGCGCUACGCCCACAGUCGAUUGUCAGAAGAGUCGAAGAUGGAUUUGAAAGGGUCAACUCUGGUCGGUAUGCGUUCAUAUGGGAUUCACCUACAAUAACCCAUGAGAUAUCUGGAGACUGUAACCUGAUGCAGAUCGGCCACCCGUUUGAUCUGAAAGGGUAUGGGAUAGCAUACACGAAGAAUGCGCAGUUUGGUGAAGCUAUUACCUUGGCGAUACUUCGACUCAUUGAUGAGGGUGUCAUGUACGGCAUUGAACGAAAAUGGUGGAGACCCCAGUUCUGCCCUGACGCCCGGGCCAGCGCCAAGACCAAGUCCCUGGACGUGGAGAACGUGGCGGGCAUGUUCCUUGUGCUCGCUGGCGGGGUCGGGAUCUCCGGGAUGCUCUGCUUUGUCAAGUUCUGUAUUUCCAGGCCAAGAAUGAAAAAGACAAAGACAGCUACCUACCACGAUGACAUGGACAAGGAUGAGUCGAUCGUGAAUGACGUGUACGACAGAAAUACGGAGAUACAGGUCUAUGCCAAUCAUUCUGGGACGAACGGCAGAGGCGAAGCUUACGUUUCCUAGCACAGGCACCAGUGUUUAGGUCCAAUUUUGAUAGGGGAACCACACCCGUGGCUCGUGUUCGCUAUGCGAACUGAUGGUUAGUGAUUGUGAACACUGGAGUUGAGUGUCAGAAGCUCAGUUUUCACUGUCACAAGGUUUUUUGCAUAGUGCUAUUGAACCCAUUCGAGAAUGUGACAGAGAGGUCUUGACCUAAAUGAAGAUCAAGGUCAAGCUCAGGUGAAAAUUAAUGGGUGAAGGUGAAGGUCAACCUGAUAAAAACAUUUAGCCGAAUCCACGGUUAUGAUUGGAAAAAGACAAUAUCUUAAGAAUCCAAUUGAGAAUGUGCCAUUGUACAAUUUGUACAAGCUAAACCCUGUCCAAGUGGAAGCUGAAGACUGCAUGUCAAAACUCAUGUGUCUGCGCGCAUAUGUGGCUAUUAUUUUCAAUACAUUGGAACAUAAUUGCCAAAUAUCUAUUAACAAUUUCGAUAAUUUCACAGCCUUGUAAAGGUAUAAAAUAACAAUGUUUAUGGACAAUCUCUUUCAUUCGUAUCGUGCAUGUGAAAAUGAAUGAAUGUUCUGCCAAAACACAGCACAAAUAUGUGUUGAUUGUUAUGAAAGUACACAACAUGCGUUUAUACAUCUGCUGUAUUUAUGAGCCUUUGCGUCUAUAUUCCAUGUACAUAAGCCGUGAUGACUGCAACAUUUAAUCCUUUUCUACAAAUGGUCAAUCGUGUUGUGAAUGUUAAUGUGUCUGACUACAGGAAGUUGAAUCAUUGUUGGAACCGUAUGAAACCAUUCUAAGUAAAACCCUGUUAAUCAACACUGUAUUGUUCCCAGUGAAAUACUCCUGAUUAAGAUCUUAAGAUCAACUGUAUGACGUAUUAUACCUUUGUGUUUGUGUAUAUAUUGGGAGCAUGUAUGAUCCAGUCGCAACAAUUCGCUGUGCCGAGUUGCGUCCCUUUUGUACACCAGAAAUAUACGAUCGUGGGUUCGAAUCCCAGAUUCGCCCUGAAUUUGUUUCUAGGUUUGUCAGCACCAUAUCCGUGCUAAAAGACACUCCAGGCUUUCCUCCCACAUUAAGCUGCCACGCCAUGAUAUAACUGUAAAAUUGUUCAAGCGGCACUGUAUAUAUGUAGGCGUCCCCAUCAUUAAUCGUCCGGAUUUGGGGGUUUCUGGACUAACGAGGUCCGUGUUAAAAGGGUUUCACUGUGGCACUAUUUGUAACAAUAAGGAGACCCAAAAUAAACUGCUGGGCAAAAGAAGGUACGUACACUUAAAAUAGAUUUGACCAUAACAGUACAAAACGUUGAACACAGGCUGAAACAGUCGUCGAAACACUCCUUUCUUUAGCCCGACAGUUUAGUCGACUUGUUUCACAAGGUCGUACCAGUGAUUGGGACCCUGUGGUCCGGCCUUAAUCAUUAUUCCACUGUAAUUAUGACAAGAAUCUGCUGGUCUGUUCUCAUAGUCAUACUGAUGUAAUUAACAAAACUGAAUGAACUCUGCAAUUGAAUGUUUAAUAUUGUCAUGAAGCUUUACAGUUUUGAACACUAAAGACAUUUACUGUAUCUUUUGUCAUUUUGUUCAUAAGACGCGUACGUGUCUCCCCUGGGGAUUCCGGGUCAAAAUAGAUCCCUGCUAAAAUAUGCUUGUCUCCCAGUUGGGAGUCCGGGUUAGAAUAGGUCCCAAUUAACCUGUACUUGUCUCCCAGUUGAGAGUCCGGGUCAGAAUAGGUCCCCAUUAACCUGUACUUGUCUCCCAGUUGAGAGUCCGGGUCAGAAUAGGUCCCCAUUAACCUAUACUUGUCUCCCAGUUGAGAGUCCGGGUCAGAAUAGGUCCCCAUUAACCUGUACUUGUCUGCCAGUUGGGAGUCCGGGUUAGAAUAGGUCCCCAUUAACCUGUAGCGUGGCAUAGUACCUUGACUUACUCCCAGCACCCGGCAUGUAGCUUGAACAUCACAGACUGCGGAACAUCACAAAUGCAACAAACAAACAAAACGGAUAAACGUUCCUUCCACGGUUGAAAGAAAGUUGACCACCUUUCUAUGACAGGCAGGUAUGCCUUUAUUUUAUAUGUAAAUGUUCUCUACGUUCAACUUGGUUGAAGACCAAUAGGAGUGAGCGAUCAAGUUUGAUUGUUUAUCAGUUUGAUAUUAAAGCGUAUGGGGUUAUUGUGAAGUGAAAGUGAAAUUUAAUCGUUUAUCAUUUGGCGAAACCCACAAGCACGUGUUUGGUGCUAUAAGACCCAUUAAUAUCAUGUCGAAUCUUGGAUUCAAACCCACGAUCAGAGGACCCUGGUACGACUAUGGGACAUAACAGCGAAUUGCAUCGACCUCUUCUUAUAGAACGAUCAUUGAAUAAAAAACACGUUUUAAACACUGGAUAA